GGCGGGGCGGCGCGGGUGUGUGUCGGUGCCUCCCGCCAGCUGCACCCAGCGGUGCCGCGCGCAGCCCAGCCCAGCCCCGGCCCCGCUGCAGCGGACGGACCGCACCGCACCGCACCGGGCCGGGCCCAGCUAGGCCGGGCCGAACCGAGCCGAGCCCAGCCGAAGGCAGCCGGCGGCCCGCGCAGAGCAUGGCCGAGCCGCCGGCGGCGCCGGGCCCCGAGGGCGAGGAGGGCCCGGUGCGCUUCGCCCGCAAGGGCGCCCUGCGGCAGAAGAACGUACACGAGGUGAAGAACCACAAGUUCACAGCGAGGUUCUUCAAGCAGCCCACCUUCUGCAGCCAUUGCACCGACUUCAUCUGGGGCUUCGGCAAGCAGGGCUUCCAGUGUCAAGUUUGCUGCUUCGUCGUGCACAAGCGGUGCCAUGAGUUCGUCACCUUCUCCUGCCCCGGUGCUGAUAAAGGCCCUGCCUCGGAUGAUCCCCGGAGCAAACACAAAUUUAAAAUCCACACGUACUCCAGCCCCACCUUCUGUGACCACUGCGGGUCGUUGCUGUACGGGCUCAUUCACCAGGGGAUGAAAUGUGACACCUGUAUGAUGAACGUGCACAAGCGCUGCGUGAUGAACGUCCCCAGUCUGUGUGGGACGGACCACACCGAGCGCCGGGGACGGAUAUACAUCAGGGCUGACAUCGAGAAGGAUGUGCUCACCGUCGUAGUAAGAGAUGCUAAAAACCUAGUUCCUAUGGAUCCCAAUGGCUUGUCAGAUCCCUACGUGAAGCUUAAACUAAUCCCUGAUCCCAAAAACGAAAGCAAACAGAAGACCAAAACUAUCAAGUGCUCCCUGAAUCCUGAGUGGAACGAGACAUUUAAAUUCCAACUGAAAGAGGCGGACAAAGACAGGCGGUUGUCCGUGGAGAUUUGGGACUGGGAUCUGACCAGCAGGAAUGAUUUCAUGGGCUCCUUGUCCUUCGGGAUUUCUGAGCUGCAGAAGUCGGGAGUCGAUGGAUGGUUUAAGCUGCUGAGCCAGGAGGAGGGGGAGUAUUUCAACGUCCCGGUGCCUCCUGAGGGAGAAGAAGGAAAUGAGGAGCUGAGGCAGAAAUUUGAGAGAGCCAAGAUUGGAACGGGGUCCAAGGCUGCGGACGAGAAGACAACAAAUGCCAUUUCUAAAUUCGACAACAACGGGAGCAGAGAUCGGAUGAAACUUUCGGAUUUCAAUUUCCUGAUGGUGCUGGGAAAAGGAAGCUUUGGGAAGGUGAUGCUGGCGGAGAGGAAGGGCACCGACGAGCUCUACGCCGUUAAGAUCUUGAAGAAGGACGUCGUUAUCCAGGACGACGACGUGGAGUGCACGAUGGUUGAAAAACGCGUCCUGGCUCUCUCUGGGAAGCCUCCGUUCCUGACCCAGCUCCACUCCUGCUUUCAGACGAUGGAUCGCUUGUAUUUUGUGAUGGAAUAUGUGAACGGUGGGGACUUAAUGUACCAGAUCCAGCAGGUUGGGAGGUUUAAAGAGCCACAUGCUGUAUUCUACGCAGCAGAAAUAGCCAUUGGCCUCUUCUUUCUGCAGAGCAAAGGCAUCAUUUAUCGAGACCUGAAGCUGGACAACGUGAUGCUGGAUAGCGAGGGGCACAUAAAGAUCGCAGACUUCGGCAUGUGCAAGGAGAACAUCUGGGACGGGGUGACUACCAAGACCUUCUGCGGCACUCCGGACUACAUUGCACCUGAGAUAAUUGCUUAUCAGCCCUAUGGGAAGUCCGUGGAUUGGUGGGCGUUUGGAGUCCUGCUCUAUGAAAUGUUAGCUGGCCAGGCUCCCUUUGAGGGGGAAGAUGAAGACGAGCUCUUCCAGUCCAUCAUGGAGCACAACGUAGCCUACCCCAAGUCCAUGUCCAAGGAGGCAGUGGCAAUCUGCAAAGGGCUGAUGACCAAGCACCCCGCCAAGCGCCUGGGAUGUGGCCCGGAAGGGGAGCGGGACAUCAAGGAGCACGCGUUCUUCCGCUACAUCGACUGGGAUAAGCUGGAGCGCAAGGAGAUCCAGCCUCCCUUCAAGCCAAAGGCUAAGGACAAACGCGACACUUCCAACUUCGACAAAGAGUUCACCCGGCAGCCGGUGGAGCUCACGCCCACGGACAAACUCUUCAUCAUGAACUUGGACCAGAACGAGUUUGCUGGAUUCUCCUACACUAACCCCGAGUUUGUCAUUAACGUGUAGUCGCGGCCGCCGCCCGCCCUCUCCUCGCAGUCCGAAACUCCAGAUCGCCUUGUACAUACCGACACUAGUCUUCCGGGAUUAGCAGUGCAGACAUACAUACCCUCAUGCGAAACACGCCGACCGCUUGUUUUAGGAGGCCUUUCUAUGUCUGUGUCACUUGCUAGCUUGGUUUCCUUAGCUGGAGAUGUUUGGGGUUCGAGUUAACAGUCAGUAAUGCUUCUAGGAACUAUAGUUGGUGGUGAUUAAUAGAGUUUUUAAACAGAAAUAUACCAAAUUGCUACAGUCUUUGUAAUUUUUGAAAUCGGAUGCUGAGAUCCCAGUGACCCUAGCUACUCACAAAUCGUUUCUGUUGAAUGCUAAGCAUGGUUGAUAUCUUAAACCGUUGUGCUGAAGCUUGCGAUGACUGUGAGCUUGUCUUAGAGGAGCCUUUUGUCCAAGACAUGGAUACAUUUGAUCAGUGUGGAAAAGUCUGCUUAUAGACAUAUAUUUUUGAACGCAUUGUAUAUACCGUCAGCCUGGCUCGCCGAAGCCGUCUUCCUCCCUCGCCUCCCACAAGCCCGCGCCUCGCCGCACGUCCUUUCCUACACUCAGGCGUUGAGACACCAAACGAAUUCCAUGCCAGUUCUUGUAAAUCAGAGCAAAUCUUUUUCUAAGUGAAAGGUGGGAUUUUUUUUUUCUUCUUUUUUUUUUUUUUUUAACAUCUGGAACAGUUUGCAGUUUUGAUACACUCUGUCAGCGCUCUCAUAAAUCUUUCUCCUGUUUUUUCAGACACUGUCAAAAUUUAACAGCUCUGUAAAGGAUAUUAAUAUUCUACCAAAACAAAACACAUUUAUAUUCUCGGUUUACAAUUUACCAACUGAAAAUGUGCCCGCUACAAAAGGGCUGUACUGAGGGCUAUUUAUAACGGUAACUUUUCUACUUUACACCCUCUGCUAUUAUCUUAAAGGCUCAAAACCCAUGAAUUUUACAAGCAUCUUGAUUUACCUGAUUUCAGCCAAAAUUCCUGGGGGUUUUAGUCAGCAGUCCAGGACCUUCUGCAUCAUUGCAAAAAUUCUGAAUCAGAAGAGACAAUUCCAGGAGCUCUUUGCAAGGCCGAGCGGCGCCGUGCGUGCAGCGGCAGUGCCGUGCGGGAGGGCAGGGGCUGCCCGUCGGCGGCUCCCGCUCGCUGCUGCCUUCGCAGCAGGGUGAGCCCCGAGCAUCCUUUGAGGCUGCUCUUCCUCUCUUAUUACACACCAGUCUGGUUAGUUUGCCAAAAAGAAAAACAAACCCCGUAUGUAUAUUUUCUGAAACGCUACCAGUUCUAAUGUAAAUACACAUCGCUCCAUGCCUAUAGGGGAAAAUGGGGGUGGAAUUUUAUGAAUCACGAGGAAUCCUAUAAAGGAAAUUGUGGUUUUUAGAUAUUUUGUAAACGCCAAACUCUACCUUUUGAAAUUAUUUUCUUCUUUUAAUGAUUCAUUGGGGAAAAAAAGGCUGCUAGAAGCUAGCGCUGAUGUCCUGCCCACCAGGGAGCGGGCGGCCGGGCAGCCUCGCCCCGCUAUUGAAGUGCAGGCAGUGCCCGGCGCGCGCGGGGAGGUGGGCUCUGGGCGCGUGGUCUCGCGUACUGACCUGGGCUGGAGGAAACCAAGCCAAACCCAGAAAAAAAAAACUGCAAAUUGUGCCAGAUUGCCGAGAGGGUUUACGAGACGCUCUGCUUCGGGCGAAGCCCAGUUUGCGGUCAGGGUUCUCGUAACUCCAGCACACGUUUCAGAAGACGUCUCGCCAUCCUCUGCAGACCACAGCUGAUGUUCGGAGCAUGUACGUUACUGUGACUUUCAAACCUGUUGCUGCAGAAUUAGUAUUACUUCAGUGGUGAAUGUUUUUAAUUUCUGUAUCUUCAGCUCUGAAGCCGCUCCCAGGGUCUGUCCAGGAUGCUGCCGUAAGGUCUCCCGCGCCGAGGGGCACCCCGGGGCCGCGGUUACACGCAGCGGCUGCUGCCGGGGGCGGGGGGGGGUUACGUCCUUUCUGUUUGGGAUUUCUGUGUAUGUGUCGGGGUGACACUUCUGCAUGGAGCAGGCGUUGCUGAGCCACCGGGCAGCCUCGGACAGGGCCCCGCGGGGGAGCCAGGCCAGCACGUGGCCGUGCUCCGCUGUGCCGCCGGGCAGCCUCGGUGGCAUCUGCGGGGGUGACAGCCACGCUGCAGGGAGAGCUUGGCAAGGGCUAGGUCCUGCACGCAGCACUCGUACCGUGAGCGUUUCUGAUGUUCUUCCUUCUGCUACUUGCCAAACUCUUAUUUCAAGGUUUAUUUCCAGAUGACCCAUUUCUUCCGUGGAGAAAUGUGAAAUGGGAUGUUCCUGGCCCUGCACAGACGUUGAGAUUUGUACAAACUCUUCCAAGGAAGGGCAGAGUGACAGUGGUUGAGUCACUGUUUGCUGUAAUUUGAUGAUUCAAUCUUCACUGUUGGAUGGGGAAAGCAGCGCUUCAGGAAGAUGCUCAGAGCUGGGAGGCUUCAGGAGAGCCCCGUUAGUCAGUCCCCCGGUGCUCUGAUGUGCAGAUAAAGCCCAGUAAAGCGAUAGGAGCGCGCUGCCAGCACGCAGAGCACCCACCGCUGUGUGCAGCGGUGCCGUGCCGGGGGGGCAAGGCGACGGAGUGAGCGAGCAGCGGCUGAGGCAGGAGAAGGAUGCUCUGGGGGGGGAGAGGAGGCAUCUCAGCCUGCAGCUGCAGAGGAGAAAAAAAUCCCCUGGGGUGUGCGGGGUGCACCCUGACCCCUUGCCUGCAUGCCGGAGGGGGUUUAGGUGCAAGCCCGGUGUCCCACGCUGAGCAGCCUGGCUGCGGUGGGACGGGCAGAGGGGUCCAGCGGUGGCAGGGUGGGACUCAGUGCCCUGCACUUCCCAGGUGAGGCGGGAGGAGGGAUGGAGGAGGCAGGACUUACAGUCACCCCACUCAUGAAGGAUGGCAAGUCCUGACUCUUUCUCCCGGGCUGGAUGACACCCGAACGCUGCAGGUAAGCGGGGUUCAGGUGGUUCCCCGCGGGGCAGGAUGGAUUAGAUAAUCCCUCCCCAAGGGGCUGUGUUGGCCCCGUUGCUGCGGGUCGGUGGCUGCCGCCGGGGCCACGGGGGCUGCUCCGGGCAGCAGCACCUGCACGGCUCCUGCGCCCAGCCGGGGGCUGCUCCGCAGCGUGGGCUUCGGAACGGAGACCGUGCGCUGUGUGGAGAAGACCCCGGGGCAGGAGGGCUGAGGCUCCUGGGGGUGAAGAAGUGGCAGCUUGCAUUUACCCGCUGGCUAAGAAUUUCUUUCCCGAUGCUGGCAUUUGGAAAUACACGAGGAUACCUUGGUCCAGGAGCAGAUUCCCGUUCCUGGCUGCGGGGAUGUAACGCUGCGAACGCCGGUGCUCCCUGGGCAUGCCCUAGUCUUUCUCUUGGACAUUUUGCCAAAGAAAAGGAGAGAGGCCUGCGCCUGUUUGUCCCUGUUCCUGGUCUAAAGCACAGCCCGGCUGGAGCUGGGGAGCGGCUGGGAGGCAGCCGGGUGGCCGGGCGCUGCUGGGGAGCCUGCGUGGCACACGGGGACAGCGGAGGGGCGAAGGGAGUGGAGGAGAGCCGGAGCAGGGACCUGCCCGAGGUCAGGGCAGAGCCAGGGCUGGCUGCUUGGGCUCAGCCUAAGGAAUGGCCUGGUCCUGGUGCUCUGCAGGGCUCUGUUGAGGGCUGUGAGGCUGUGGGCGGGCGAGGAGGGAUCGGACACCCUGGUCCGCUCCGACUCUGCUGUCCUGCAGCUGCAGGUGGCUCUUUGGGCUACAGCUGGUCCCGAGCCAGCCAUUACACAGCGGUUCAGGCGAGCCUGUGCCAGGGCUGUCAGCGCUGCUGCUCGGUCCAGGCAUCGCUGCUCUCCCGCCAGCGCGUGCUCGGGGACUGCGCCAGUGCACGGGGCAAGGGGGACCUGCCGCUGCUGCGCUCGUCUCCCCUGGCUGGGCGUCUGAGUGGCCUUCUCUUUAUAAAAGAGCCAUCACCAAAGGAGGUAUUGAUCCAUUUAAUCCAUUAAAUAAAUAAAAGUUUGCACAGUGGCCAACCCGUAUAGGUAGUAAAGAUGGGAAGAUGAGCAAGCGGCUCUGGGCAGUAGAUAUGCUCUGAUAAUUGUUAAUCCCAGGAGCUCUUACACGGGUGAAGAACUCGGGUGGUUUCUAAUGCAGAGUGCAAAGCUCUAGCUGUUCGGGAGGUAGGGCUUACAUCUGGAGGGUGGAACUAACUCAUACUAACAAGUGCUGCAGCGUCUCUGCUUUUGCAGAAGCAGGUGAGCCUCUGAGCCUGCAACAGCAAAAGAAGCGGCACGCAUCUUGCUCCAUGCAUGGAAGUGUCAUCCAAGCUGUUUAUUUCUGAUCACAUUCAAAGUGGCAAUUAAAACAAGGGAAAAACAAACAAAAAAAAAUGUUUAUUGUUGAACAGUUUGUGUUUGUGAAUUUGAUUUCACCUGCAAGUAUUUGAUGACUUUUCUACAUCCUAGACUACCUGCUGUGUGUUGUCAAAAGAUUCUCAUAAAGACCUCCUUUUAGAUGGGCAUAUACUCUUUAUUCUAUUUGCUGCAUGGAUAAGAAAAAUAAAAUAUAUAAUUUUAAAGAAA